AUGGAUGGCGCUUUCAGUCCAGACGGCUUUGCCUUCGGACCCAACUUAUCCGGCACCCCGCAUCCCGGGUGGAACUUGAACCUUUCCUUCCCGUCCCUCUGGGCUACUCCGGGACAGCCUGCGAGGACGAUCUCGGCGGCCGCGAUCAUGCUGCUGGCGCUGGUAGGCAACGGUCUGCUCUUGCAUCGGCUACACUGCGGCGGAUGCUGUUGCGGGGGCCGGUUCGGACGACGGCGGAAGAUGGACUUCCUCUUGGCGCACUUGGCCAUCGCCGACCUCUACGGGUGCGGGCUGACGCUGCUCUCCCAACUCCCCCCGGCAGCGGACGACGCCGGGGAAGAGUCGGGGGACGCGGAGUGGCCUGUAGGGGAUGCCACUUGUCGCCUGCUCCGUCUCCUACAAAGCUCCGGGAUGCUGGCGCCCUCGCACAUGCUGGUCCUUAUCGCGCUGGAGCGACACCACAUGGUAACGGGCCCUCCCCACCCGCUGCCCUCUUUCAUGCCCGCCCGGGGCGCCUUGGCUGCGCUAGGCUGGCUGUUGGCACUGCUGCUCGCCCUGCCUGAAGCCUUCGUCUAUAAGCUGCUGCCCCGCUGGCACGGCCAAACCUACGCCGUAUACAGGGCCAUCACGGGCUUCGUGGCGCCCGCCUGCCUCCUGGGCGGGACCUGCGGCCGCAUCCUCAGCACCCUCAGCUCCUCCCGCGCCAAGGAGGAGGAGCCGUCGCGGGGGGCAGCGCCUGCGCCUCGAAGUCUGCCCCGCGCGCGAGCCCGGGCGCUGCAGCUGACGCUUGCACUGGCCACCCUCUUCGUGCUCUGUGGUUUCCCGCGCUUCAUCCUGGAGCUCGGCUUGGCUUUCGCCUCCUCCGAGCACGCCGACGACGGAGCCCGGGCGACCCUGGGGAGCAUCAUAGCGGCCACCAACAGCGCCCUCAAUCCCUACGUCUGCCUCUUAUUCCACAGCCACGGGCCGUGGGCGCGGCGCCUCCAGCGCAGCCUCUGCCGCUGUCCUGACGGACAGCCGCGACGACGGGCUCACCACCAACACCGUCCGUCGCCACAGAUGGCCGCCGAGCGCACAGGACACUGGCUCUGCCCCUGCCAAAGCAAGACGCCAACCGUCUCCACCGUCACCCAGCAAGAAGAGGUCGAGACUCAAGUCUCCACUGCCUGCGAAAGCGGAUUCUAAACAAGCAGACUCUUUCACGGUGCUUCCAGACGGGAGUUUGUGGUGGGAUUGGUGCUCCUCAUGCAUGGGAGGUUUUUUUUCGUUGUAGCAUCCACGGGACUAUCUUGUCAAAAUGCCAGCCCGUA